GCAUCGGGAGUGUAAGGCGCGUUUGUGCGACGAUGAGCAGCAUUCGGAGCCGCUGACCGGAUCCCGAGUGCGAGUUAACAAAGGGCAACCACCGGCAACCGCGCUGAUGUCCGCAGAGGAGGCCACGGGAACGGGCGGAAAGUCCAGAACAGGCGGCCCGAUGGAGCCCCAAUCGGGCGAUAAUUGCCAGGACAAGUUCCACAAGGUUUUGGCAGCGUUUGUUAAUAGGGACUUUCGGAUCAACAACGACGUCUAUCUGGAAAUGAUUAUCAGCCAUCUGUCGGGCAAGUAUGAAGAAGAGCACCGUAAGCUUAUAAAGUCACCGGAGGCGUUCCGUUGGCUCGAGACGAUGCUGCAGCAGUGGGAAAGUGAUCGACCACCGGCCACCGAUAUCGGUGCCUUCACUUUGCAGCUGCUGGCGAUGAUAGUCGAGAAUGAGUGGGACUUUGCCCGUGUCCAAACCAGCAAUCGGAUGCUGGACCGCUUCCAGGAUUGCAUCCAGCGCAACGGAAAGCUCCAAAAUCCGUCGAUCAAGCUCGGCCACGUGCUGGUGCUGAAAGCUAUCUCGGGGCAUGCGAUGGGGAUGAGUUGGAUCAAGCAGUCCGGCUCGUGGCGGAUCUGCCUUGAUUACUACAACGGUUACCAGACGAUCUACAUCACCCGCGAGACGUCUCUGUUCAUCUACGAAGUUCUCGAGCGCUUCUGUGCGAUGGGAGACUACGACGAGGUGCAGGAAAUCGUUCGCACGAUCCUUUCCCCGCUGAUUGAUGCCGUGUGGAAGAGCCCGGAGCAGGACGAUGCGGUUCUGGUGAACGAUGAUCACUCGCAAAAGAUCAUCACGCCGCUGCUGAGUCUUAUGCAAACGCUGUUCCGAAGGAUCAUCGAGUCGCGCCAGCGGACACGGGUUGCCUAUUUCAUCCUGUACAAGUACAAAUUUCAGCUUAAUCUCUGGAAGUUCACCGACACCAUGCACGAUCACACGUUUUUGGCGAAAAUCUGGCAAACGCACAUCUUCGCCAACUGUGCCCGGCUCUGCACCACGGAGAUCCCGCCGGACGACCCGCUCGAUGCAGUGGAUUUAACGUUCGAUCGCUACACGAUCAACUUUCUCAACUACGUAAACUUCUCGAUCCGUCGGGGAAACGUGCAGAACGUGAUGCUGAUGGCCGAAACACACCACGCGUUGUGGCGCAUACUUGGCGAUCGGGCUCCCGAAGAGGUGGUGCUUAAGAACCAAAGCAUACGAUUCGGAGAUCAAAUUUUGCUGCUGCAGCUGUUUCCCGUUCUGUACGAAAUGCAAUGUUUGGCCUCGAAAGAGUUGCCGGAUUACAUCGAAAAGUUUUGCACCAAACUCUACGACAUUGCGUGCGAAUUUACGGUCCGGCUAAUCUACGCCUGCCGGGACAUCUUUCAGGCCUACAACCUGAACGUGACGGAACUGGCGUGCAAGUCGAUCCAGGGCAUCGUGACGACCCACAAAUUGCCGCGUCAUCGCGCAGUCAUCGCUUUCCAAGCGUUCGUGUAUCUGCUGAAGGAGUUUCUACCGGGUAUGUGCUGCCCGUCUACCAAAGGUGCUGGAGACCCGGUGGAUGGCAGUGCAAAAGUAGAUCUCAUACUCAGCAAACCGAACCUACUGUCGGCGAUUAUCAACGGGCUGAUAACACUGAUUGAAAGCUACAGCAUCACGUGGAAGGAU